AUGUUUCUACUUUCUAGUAUCUGCUUUCUUGCUGUAGCAGUAGCACUAGCCAGGUCUAACCCCGGAGUUAGCACCAAUUCACUGCAUCAUGAAGUUAUUCAUAACGUUGUGAGGGCUGAUGAUACUGUCUCUUCUGCCUGGUAUACAGGGUGGCACGCGCAAUCCGCGCAACCCUUCACGCUUGAUAAUGUACCUUGGGACAAGUACACACAUGUGAUGUAUGCAUUCAGAGAAACAACCGAGGAUCCCUCUGACACCUCUCUCCCAGAUGACGAUGCUAGUCUCCUUCCUCAGUUUGUCUCCAAGGCACACGAUAACGGAGUUAAAGCAUUAUUGUCGAUAGGAGGCUGGACAGGAUCACGGUUCUAUUCAAGUAACGUUGGCGACAAGACAAACCGUACCAGCUUUGUCAACGCCAUAACUAAGCUUGUUAACACGUAUAAACUCGACGGAAUUGACUUCGCAUGGAACUACCCAGGUUUCCAAGGAAUCGGAUGUAACACAAUCUCACCAAACGAUACUGCCAAUCUCCUAUCAACCCUACAAGAGCUUCGUAACACCGAAAACGGUUCUUCGCUCAUCCUAACUGCCGCUACUCGUCUUGUACCAUUCACAGAUGAGACAGGUCAGCCCUCGACAAACGUAUCCGCCUUCGCCAACGUGCUAGACUUUAUCGAAAUCAUGAACUACGAUGUGUUUGGAAACUGGAGUGCUACUGCAGGACCAAACUCACCGCUCAACGAUACCUGCACGAGUGCAGAACAUCAACAAGGCUGUGCCGUUUCUGCAGUUUCUUCAUGGACAGCCGCAGGCAUGCCAGCCAAUAAGAUCGUGCUUGGUGUCGCCACUUUCGGCCACUCAUUCACCGUUACUCAAGCUGCCGCACUUGCUUCAGACUCAUCUACAGACCUUGUUCUUUACCCAGCGUUUAACGCAUCUGUGUUUCCUGCCGGAGAUGCAUGGGAUACACCCGCACACGUCGAUAAAUGCGGUAACUUUGCAGACCAAGGUGGCAUUCAGCACUUCCGGUACCUAGUCGAUUCAGGCAUGUUAUUCCCAAACGGCACUGCUGAAACGGGAAUUCCCUACCUAUUUGACGAUUGUGAAAAGACGGAUUAUGUCUAUAACAUGACGUCAGGUGUCUUGAUCAGCUAUGACGGGCCUAGAGCAUUUACUGCAGCAGGAGAUUUUAUCCAAACGUCCGGUUUGAGAGGGUUUGCACUGUGGGAGGCUGGAGGCGACAAGGACAGCGUCUUGCUUGAUGCUAUUCGUAGUGGUGUAGGACUUUAG